AUGCAACGGGAGUUUAUUGUUCUUGGGACCCGCAUCCUGACCCAGCACCUGUCUGUGUUUAAGCCCUUCAAACAUGUUGUCGUUCACCACAUGCCACAUCAAUAUUCUGAAGACAUGUCUAAGUGCUCCACAGAUUAUCCUCUUGGACUGCUGUUCAAAGAUGAGAACAAAACGUCAGAUUUGGUGGACACACUUCGCCACAUCCAGAAAGAGUGCAGUAAUGCCAAACAAGGUCCCCAUGCCGCUUACAAUGCCUAUAAGGAAUUUGUGCGGAAGGACACGGCUGCACUCUUCCUGGCAGCUGCAAUGGAGCACUGGGGGCUGGAGGAUGUAACAGGCUUGGGACCAAACCUGUCUGAAACAUCAGCAGCCAGGAUCAGUAAGUCCAUUGGCAUCCUCAAGGAGCUGUUGGAAAACACAGACACAGAGCUGGAGAAUCCCAGCUGGGACAGGUUUGGGGGCGAGGGGGUGUCGGCCACUGCACACACUCAGCACGUCUGCACCCGGCCCACCCAACGCCGUCUUUGA